GGAGGGGAUUUUUGAUUUCGGCACGGAUCUGCAUGUCAGCUUUGCAAUGAAUUUAGGGUUACCUCCUUGCCAUGUUCGGAGAUAAUUCUCCUCGAGGUGAUCACAGCUUGCCCACAUGCGUCCAAUAGUGCCGUGCUACUGACAAGUUCGAAGGUCAUGGCGUCCCGUCAGCCGAAAUCCUUCUCAGCAAGGACUUUCACAAGUUCAUCCUCAAAAUCGCCUGGCCCAGCUGGGCUAGGGCCUGGCGCACGACAAAGUCACGAGAAUGAGCCCUCACUGCCUAAGCUGAAAGAGAAUGUGCUGGACAUGCUGCGCGCCCACCCUGAUGGGGUUAACAUCGCCCAGUUCCUCAGCACCUACAAGCAGCACUUCGGGCAGCAGUUGGUGCUGGGCAGGUACGGUCUGGUAGGGCUACAGGAUCUCUUGGUUGCCCUCGGGGACAACGUGGCCGUCCAGAGGCAAGGGGACAAGAACGUCAUCACCAUCUCCAGCACCGGACAUUAUCUGGAAGGAGUCCUCUCUGCUCAAGACAUGGCGGCGGAUCGUAAGAAGGUGGUCAGUCUGGUGAGGCAGCACCCGGAGGGCAUCCCUGUAAAGAAGCUGGCGGUGUGCUUCAGCCAGGCAUACAAGCGCAACCUGACGCUGAGCGCGUUCGGAUACUUCUCCAUGGCCGGCUUCCUCGAGUCCUUCCAGGAGCUCGCGGUGGAGAAUGAGACGGUCUUCCACCGAGCGCACCGGACCAAUGCCACCCCCCAGGUUCCCCAGACAUCUCAGAUGCCCUCAGCCCCAGCUGCUACGCCAACCCCUCCACCACCAGCUGCAGCCAGCGCGCAGCUUCCUCCUGCCCAGGCCCAGGUCCCCCUCCUGGUACCCCCCUCCAUGGCGCUGCCGUCCUUUGGCCUGGCACCGUUCCCUGUCAUGGCUGCCGCUCCCCUGCCCGGCGGCAAUGUCCGUGUGCCGCUCUACAUGCGCUACGCGACGGCACCGGUAGCUCUACCCAUGCAGCUGGCACCGGGAGCUGCUGCCGCACAACCAACCACCGUCAAUGGGGCCGUGGAGUCACUCAGCUUUUUUGGAGGCAGCAGAGACCAGAGCCCUGUGGCCUGGACGAGGGAGACUCCGUCCCCCAUCAGGCCAACUUCGCCCGUCAGGGCCACUCCCUCCCCACUCCGACCAACCUCACCCCCCCUGAGGGCAACCUCCCCCCUGCCACAACCUCACACCCAGCUUCAGGCACGGCAUCUCAUCCAUCCCCAAUACCCCAGUCCCUUGAUGCAGGCCCAGGCACUAGCUCAACCCGUCACUCUGGAAGCUCUGGAGGCCUCCAUGAUGAACGGCCUGGCCGCUGGCGACUUUCCACCACUAGGUGCCGCCAAACCCACAAGCAAGGCAGAAGAACGUCGGCAGAAGAUGGCGGCAGCAGCAUCAUCAUCGGCAGGAGCAGCAUCGGCAGGAGCAGCAGCAGCAGCAGCAGCAGCCGUGUCCGGGCCUUCGGUGAAGACAGCAACCGGGAAAGUGGCGUCAUCAGCGACGGGGAAAGCGACGUCAUCAGCGACGGGGAAAGCGGCGACUGCAUCAACAACAGCAGCAGCAGCAGCAGCAGCAUCAGGGCCGGUGGUGAAAGCAUCAGAGGCACCAUCAACAGCAGCUCCAUCAGGGGUGGCGGGAAAAGCAGCAGCAGCAGCAGCAGCAGCAGCAGCGGCGGCCCCAGUGACAGGCAAAGCAGCCACGGCGGCGGCGAUAGCGGUGGCGAUGACGGCCAAGGAGCAAGAGCGGGAACGCGAGCGGGAGAGCGCGGUGGUGUUCCACGAGGGGUACCACGCACAGCUCCGGGAGCAGCACGGUGCCAACGUCAGGGCAGCCGAGGCUCUGGAGGACUACGAGGGAGGCAGCAAGGCUCGUCGCGUGGCCAGGAAGAGCAACAUGACUGCAGAGGAGAUCGACAGCCUGGCUGAGGACGUCAUCAGAUCCCUGGCCUCCAGAGGAGAGCUAGUCACCGUGGAGAGGGUGGAGAGCCAGGUGUGUGACAUCCUGCAGGUGCAUUCCCUGCAGUCGGUGAAGAUCUACACGCGCUUACCUGCCAUUAUCAAGCUGCUGAGGGCCAUCAAGGAGAUCAACAUGUUCAUCGAGGCGAUGAAUGCCGUGUCAGCGGUGUGUACCCUGUAUGAGCUGGGCCAGGCUCUGGCGGCCCUGCAGAACAGGAAGCGCUUUGAGGAGCUGCAUCUCGGGCCGCUCUGCAAGAUCCCCCUCAUACACAAGAUGUUUAAAGUGGACCCCAACAUGGCCGACGAGGACAUCCACCGCAUCGAGACCGUCGACAUCCUCAGGAGUCUUCAAGCGUUCAGGAAGACCGUGAAAGGCAAGGUGGAUCUGUCAGAGUUCAUGAAGCACCUUGCUGACCAGUACAACUGUGAAUCUCCUUAUGAGCUGGGUAUUCGUAUCCAGGGUCUUGGACUACCCAUUUCGACUCUGACGCGGGCGGUGAACAGCAUGCACACCUUCAUGGAUGCGGCGAAGGAGAAGCUCCGCGGGGAGCUGGAGCAGGAGGUGCAGGACAAGAUGUGGAAGAUCAAGAGGAGCGUCAUGGAGCCCGCCGAGGGAGCUCCUCACUUCUCCUCAUCCUCCGCAUCCAGCAGGGAGUUGAGGAGGAAGUAUGCGGGCAUGAGUGCUGCUGAUGCAGUGAUGGAGGUUUUCACUAAUGCGGAGGGAGUCUUCAGCACCAGCAUGGCCAAGCGCGUGCAAAUCUUCCUGGCCCACGUGAGGGACGAUCGUCUGGCUAAGAACCUCUUCCAGUUGGCCAUCUGCAGUGGCUCUCUAGACGUCCCCAAUGAGCUGCCGACCAGCGGUGACAAAGCCCAGAAGAAGAACAGCAAGAAGAAGACGAAGGACGCGGAGGAAGAGGAGGAAUCCUCCAUCAUGGCCCCAUCUGAAUCUGCGGUGACUCAGUACCUCCAGGGCUGCCUUACCAAGCUGCGCGGGGCUCUGACCCUCGCCUACCUGUCCGACCUUGAGAAGAAGAUGGCCGAGCACUUCAAGGUCAAAGGCUUCUCUCGGCUGGCGCAGGGCAACUUCCUGGAAUUCCUGGUCAAGCAUUCCGAGUCCCUGCAGCAGGCAGUAGGGGGCAGUAUCCUCAUUGGCAGUCUGGUCUCCGGCUCCUGUGGCUUCAGACCCAGCCAGCAGGACGUCUUCGAGUUCAUCUCCCAGUGUGGCGCACAAGACCCAAGCAGACUGCCCUUCAUAGAGGCGUGCCUGUGUAGCCACUACGGCCUGCGGGACGCUAGAGAGCUGGGCUACGGCCCCCUGGCUACACUGCUCACCAUCGUACAGCGCCAAAGGAGCCUGGGGGACCCCCUCACGCCCAGCCUGGUGCGAUACGAGGCCCCACUACUGCCCCAGGCAGCAGGUGCUGGUUCCGGGGGCCUAUGUGAGUCUGUAGGCCUGCUGGGAGAUGUGCGUCGUGAGCAGGCGGUGAACUGCCUGGCCUCGGCCCCCCUCCUGGAGGACCUGGAGCAGUGGAGCCUGUGGGAGCUGGUCUUCAAGCCCAGCCAAGGGCCACUCAAGGAGUUCAUAGAGAAGCACUGCGGCCGUACAGACCUGAUCGCGCUGGAGGUCAGGCCGGGCGUGCUGCUCCGGGUGACCAGGGCGACGGGUGACAAACACUUUGCUCACGCCGCACAGACUCUAGAGGCCGUGGGCGCUGCAGGGCACCUGGUGUCCAUCGCAGUGGCUGAUGGGAUCGCCAACACCCCCACUGCCCUCCUGGCCAAUCACAUGGAGAGCUCGCUGGCUGCUGCCGUGGCCAUGGAAGACUCGUCUCAGUCGGAGGAUGGUCCGUCAUACAGCAGAGUGGCCCAGUUUAUACUGGAGUGCAUCGCUAGAAUACCCAUGAAGAUCUGCAAGGCACUACUGCAACAGAUCUUCCUGGAGCCCCUGUCUAAGGUGGUGGGUCAGGCCGUGUCCAAAGCCGUGCUGCUGGAGAGGGCGAGGGCUGAGCCGCGCUACCUGAACCGUCUGCACCAGAUGGGCCUGCUGCUGGGCAUCACCGAGUGGGCCAGAGACUACCACAGCAAGCUGCUGACGCCGCCCACACUACCAGACAACAACAACACACCUGCCUUCCUCUCCUCCACGUCCUCCCCCUCACUCGCCAACACACAGCCACAGGCUGUCAUGACUAAUGGUGUGGCCAGUGGCGGGGAAUCAGAGGCCAGCUCAUCUGAUGACGAUGACAAAGAGGAGGAACGCGUGGAACUACCUGACAUAUUCGCUGGCCUCGAUGACACAGACUACAGCGAGAGUGACUACUCCGCCAGUGUGGACGAGUGCGACAGUGCGGAGGAACCAAUCUCAGAUCAGCCCAGCGACCUCAGUGGAGAAGAGGAGGAGGGGGAGGAGGACGAUGAUGAUGAUGAGGAGGAGAAGGAGAAGGAUGAGGCCUCUGCUGAUCUGAGUGCAGCCCAGCCAGAUGACACACCAGCAGCAGACAAGGAGAAGGAGGAAGAUGAUAAUGAUGAUGAAAAGGCGGAUGAUGCGGAGGAGCCUGCAGUGCCUCAGCUCAGCCCCCAGAGAGCCGUCAUUGAGGACAUCAGGAGAAGUGAUUUCGGCGUGGGUGUGGAGCUGAAUGAGGAGGGCCAGCGGCUGAUGCAGGUGCACCAGGAGAGACUGGGCCGCAGCCUACAGAGACUCUCAACAGAACUAUACAGCAAGGACACACACUUUGUACUCGAGCUCAUUCAGAACGCCGAUGACAACAGCUACCCCUCAGGCGAUGGUUCUCAGCAGCCGUCUCUGGCCUUUGUGAUCGAGAAGGAUUGCAUCACCAUCCUGAAUAACGAGAGCGGCUUCCAGGAGAGAAACAUCAGGGCCAUCUGUGAUGUGGGCCGCAGCACCAAGGGCAAACACACCAUCGGGUACAUAGGCCAGAAGGGCAUUGGCUUCAAGUCGGUCUUCAAGGUAACGGACCGUCCGGAGAUCCACUCUAAUGACUUCCACCUGUGCUUCGACAAGACCAGCGGCCCCAUGGGAUACAUCCUGCCCCACUGGGUCCAGGACGAGGACCAGCGCCCCCUCACCGCCGCCCCAGAGAUCGGCAGCAAGAGCUGGACCACGAAGAUCCUGCUGCCCCUGCGCUCGGAGAGCCUGCAGACCAAGAACCUGUUCAGGGACGUGCACCCCUCCCUCCUGCUCUUCCUGCAUCGCCUGCGAUCUAUCACCAUCUACAACCAGACGGAGGGUCGCGUGGUGACGAUGAGUCGUCAGGACCUGAGCCACAACAUACUGGAGGUGACGCACACCCACGGCCUGGAGAGAUGGCUGGUAGUCAAAAGCCUGCUGCACCCCAACAAGAUCAAGGAGGAGGUGGAGUCUACAGAGUUGGCGAUGGCCUUCUGCCUGAGCGACACCUCUUCCUCCUCUUCCACUUCCUUCUCCUCUUCCUCAUCCUCGCUGGGCGUUCCUCUUCAGCCCCGUCAGCAGAGCGUCUUCGCCUUCCUGCCCCUCCGCAGCUUCGGAUUCCGAUUCAUCAUCCAAGGUGACUUUGACAUCCCAUCGUCUCGUGAGGACGUGGACCGGGACAGCUCCUGGAACCAGUGGCUGCGCUCCAACCUGCCCCAGCUCUUCAUGCAGGCCAUGGACGUCUUCAUGAAGCACCCAGACUUCAGUGGUCUGAAGGGCCUGUGCCACUUCCUGCAGUACGUGCCUCUUCCUGAUGAGAUUCAGGACUUCUUCAAGCCGGUGGCCAGCCAGAUCCUGCAGCUCCUCAGAGGCCGAGCCUGCCUGCCAGCCAAGCCUGGACCAGACGGUGCGGUGAGCUACAAGCAGCCGUCGGAGCUGGCGGUGUGCCAGGACCCGGUGAUCCAGGAGGUGGUGAGCUGUGGUGACCUGGAGAGGCACCUGAGGCUGGCCUACCUGCACCCGCUGCUGACGGCCCACCUGCCCGCCGCCCUGCUCGCCACCCUGGGGGUACGGCGCCUACGCGGAGCCGACGUGGCAGCAGUCACCUGCGCCAUGGCACGCCAGCUGGUGAACGAUGCCGCCAAACCACUAUCGGCCUCCCAUCUGAAGACUCUGGCGCGUCUGCUGCAGUGCAACUACCUGGCGCAGGAGCAUGAGUACGGGGAUGCCCAGGCCAGCCUGCAGGGGCUGAAGGACCUUCCCAUCAUCCCCCUGGCCGACGGGCGGCUGGUGGCCCUCAGCAGCGGGGGGGUCUUCUUCCCCAUCGCAGAGGAGGGACAGCAGAAAGGUCUGGAGGCGUUGUAUCGUGACCUGUGUACGGUGUCCCCUGCUCUGCUCUCCUCUCUGGACGCGCUGGGCAACUCUCAGGUGCGUGACCUGCUGAGGAGGCUGGGGGUGCACGAGCUGGAACCCCAACAGGUGCUGCGGCAGCACAUCUACCCAGCGCUCAGCAGCGAGGCUACCUGGAAGGUGAAGUCUCAGGACGUGGUUGUCAGCUACCUGCUGUUCCUGAAGCAGCAUGUGCGAGAACAAGACUACGGUGGCCUGGAGGUCUCAGUCCCCGUGCUGACCAAUCGAGGCCUCCUCUGCCCCGCACAGAGCCGCGUUCACUUCCCCAAGGACUAUGGCAACAUGGACCUGCCCAGCAAACUGCCCGGUGUGGAGUGGGUGUUGGUUGACCCGUGUUACCUGCGUGCGGAUCGUGACCUGGUGGGCUGGCGUGAGCUGCUGCAGGCGCUGGGUGUCAGAGACCUGCUGAUCUUUAAGAAGGAGAGACGCACCCUCAACGCAGAGCAACUGGCGUGUAGUCCGUGGGCGGAUGAGUCCAAGUUGUGGCCGCGUCCCGUGGGUGGAGUCUACAUCCUGGAAGACCACCAGUGUGAGGAGUUCCAGGCCCUGGCCACAGCCGAGGGGCUCUCAGACAAGGCCAAGCUGGAGCAGAGGCGCAACCUUCUGGGCCUCCUCAACAACAACUGGGAUACCGGAGAGAGAUACUCCCAGUACCUCAGUGCCCAGCUGGUCGACGGUGAUGGGCGCGUGUCACGGAAUGCCCGCUCCUCGUUCCACAUCGGCCUGACGCGGCUGACGUGGGUGCCUGCCGUCCGCGCUGAGCAGGGGGCCGAGGACCGCCCUUCUCCAUCUCCCUCCCCCUCGGCAGUGUACCGCUCCCCCGGCGCCGUCUACCUCUACUCCCACGAGGUGCACAGUCUGCUGGGGGCUCACGUGGACUAUGUGGACAUGUCACUGGCACCCAGCGAAUUCACCAGGGGCAUCGGCAUGAGGCACACGGUGUCUGUGGAUGAGAUGAUUGAGUACCUGAAGAAGUGGAGCUCCCAGGCCAGUGCUGACCCCUCCGCUGUGGGACCCAGGGAGGGGGAUGAUGGGGAGGGGGGAGAGGCGCUCUUCACCACCACCACGCAGCACAUUGGUAAUGUCUACAGCUACCUGCAGACCAACUGCCCCCCGAGGCAGCUCAAGGAGCUCUUCCAACACACCCCCGCUGUCUUCGUGGAGCUGGCACAGAGACCAGGCUCAAUGGCAGACAGGAAGCAGGAGAGGCCUUCAGGACAGUCAUCACAGUCAGACACAGCGUUAUCGGACAAAAUGAAGAACAACUGGUGUUCUGGUCAGUUCUACCACCUGAGAGACGUGUGCUGGAGCGAUCCUACGGGGAUGUUCCUGCGCUACAAGGACCUGGUGCCCCGCGCCACUAACGGCCUACAGGAGCCCAAAUUCCUGGCACCCUUCUAUGGCGCCUCACUAGACAUGAAGAGCCUCUUCUUAGGGCUGGGUGUGGAGCGCAACCCGUCGAUGCGUCAGUAUGUGGAGCUGCUGGAGGUGGUAUGUGAAUCCCAGAGCCAGGCCACCGGGGCCAUCCUUCAAGACGUCUCAGUCAUCUACGCUAAACUGGCGGAGAAGUGUAAGGUUAACGCCGGUGGAGAACUGGAGGGAGCGAUACAUCUAGAACCUAGCUACUGCUCUUCACUCAGAGAGAUGUUAUCGGGUAAGCGUGUGUUUCCGUCCAAAAGGAGCUGCUGGGUGUCCCUCUCCCAGAGGCCCAUGAUCCCGGACGAUAAGCACCUGGAAAAGAUCUUCCAGGACCACCCUCAGGUGUGCCUCCUCAACUUGCCCCCCGCCCUGAAGAAAGCCCCCGCCCCUGCCGCCCGUACCAAACCUGGAGCACCAUCAGCUAAGCAUCAUCAGCAUGGUCGCGGUGAGCCGUGCUUCAGUGAAGAGGACCGCAGCGUGCUGCUGGAGCUCAUCUGCAGCGUGCGCCGGCUGUCGGAGAGCGUGACCAUGGAGGCCCACACGGUCAGCUACCGGCCCUCGGCCGCCCUGCAGGCCCAGGUGCGCGACGUAAUGCCCUACCUGCAGAGAUGCAUGUGCUCGCACGACGACUUCGCCGAGCUGUACGCCGAGCUGCGGGACGGAGGCAUCGCACAGCAAGUUAAGGCGCUCACCUUUGGACAGGUGGGUGAGUUGUAUAUUCAUUACCAUCUGAAGGUGCCUGACGGGGAGGAGCUGUAUGAGAAGGAGAACGUCAUCUGUCUGCUGAAGGACGGGAAGGAACUUUACAUCCAGAAGGACUACCUCAAGUCUAAACUGGACAUCUGCAGGGAGCUGGUGAAGCUGUUCUGUCGUGAGGGGAGCAGGGAGGCUGAGAAACUGCAGAGCUUCCUGGAGAGUCUGAUGGGGGCCAUCACGGACCCUGUGUCGUUGAAGCGUUUCCUGGACAUGAAGGGCGUUAAAGAACUACCCUGUGAGGAGGAACCUUGGGAGGUUCCCAUGCCGGUGGAACUCAGGCCAGAACCACCCGUGGUCCGCCAGGUGAGCAGUCAGGAAGAGGAGUGCGUCCCGGAGAGGAAGCCCCAUGCCGGUGGAGAGGAAGGGGGCGGGCUCUUCUGCUGGCCUCCCCAGGCCGGCCUAUCAGAUGGCAGAUCAGGAGGCCCCGCCCACCCCAAGACCACAGACCCAGCAGUGGAGGCGUCUCUGAAGAUGUGGCCCCCGCCUAACGCCCCCAGCCCCUCUGGUGACUGGACCAAGGUGCCGGCCAACGCCCCCCAGGCGCCUACAGACAGGAGCCCCAGGCCUCCUGGGCCACCAUCUGGGGAGCCCCUGUCCCCACGCUCCCCUCUGCCCGAGGGACACCACCCCGGGUCCCCAAGGAGCACACUGCCCGCAUCACACACACAACCUGCAGGUGGUGUGGGCGGCUCUGCGUCUCUCCCAGGUGAAGCUCUUCACCAGCGGCCGCCGAGUGCUCCAUGCGCUGGUGGAGCUGGAGGUGGAGGGAGCUACAUCAGCGGAGGCGUUGGGAGUGGCGGCCCUGGAAGUAGCAGCACAGCGGUGGGCGGCGGAGGAGGUGGUGAUGAUGAUCAGGGUCGGCCUAGAGAGGAGGUUGCCGGGAUGGGCACCACCACCACCGCCAGUGGAGCCUCCUCUUCCUCUUCCUCCCACGUUCCUCACCACCACAGUAGCGGUGGAGCUCAUCAUCCUCAUCCUCAUCCUCCUCAUGGCCAACAUGGAGCCAACCAGGCCUCACAGCAUGGCGGUGGCGGUGGCAGUGGCGGGGCGUCUGCUUACCCUCCAGAGGUGAUCUCCAGCCAGUUCCAGGGCGUGAACCACGUGCAGCGCUCUCCGCUGGCUCUGGACUCGGCCGUGUGGCAGCAGGCGCUGGGCGGGGAGGCGGCGCUGGCGGAGCUGGCUCUGGACUGCCCCCUGCCCCCCACCGUGGUGGACAUCAUGGACGAGGACCUGGACCUGUCGGACGUGGGGCUGUGGGGCGAGCGGCUGGUCCACUCCUUCCUCACUCACUGGCAGGCCCACGGCCCCGGCGGUCCUACGCAGAUCACAUGGUACAACAGCGACGGCGAGACAGGCCAGCCCUGCGACUUCAAGCUCACAUUUGUCAGUGAGGAUGAUGAUGAUGACAGCGAUGGCUCUCGAGGGCUGGAGGUGGUGUACGUAGAGGUGAAGACCACCACCAAACAGGACCGCCACCUGAUCCGGCUGUCGGCUAACGAGCUGGACUUUGCGCUGAAGAAGAAGGAACAGUACCACAUAUAUCGGGUCUACGGAGCCGGAGACGCUCAGAACGUGCGCCUGUGCCGAAUCCGGAACCUGGCCCAGCACCUGCAUUCCAAAUCACUGGAGCUCUUUUUGUUUGUCUAAACUGACGAGAAAAAAAUUGAAUGGAAAAGUGUGGUUUUAGUUUGUUUUUUGUUUGUUUUGGCUUUUUUUCCCCAUUUGUUUUGAAGAGAAGCCUGUUUUUAUUUUUUUGUAUGUAUUUAUUUUUGUCGUAAUCGUUUAGAUUUUAGCCGUUUUAAAUAUUUUAGUCACGCUCUUUUUUUUUUAGACAAAAAAACUACAAGUGACCACAGUCUUUAUUUUCUAUGCACUGUUGAGGUAGUCAGGUUUUAAACUCAGAGCGAACAAAAAGUAUUGUAAUUUUAUACUCAUUUUUAAUGCAAUCCUGUAUUUUUCUGUCCACGAUAAUGGGUAACAUCCAAAAAGAAGAAAAGAGAAAAAAAAAACAUUUUAAGUUGCACAGUUUUAGUGAUCUUUGUAAUCAACUGAAAUGUAACGUGAAGCGUAUUCUGUUAUAGAAAAAAAUGAGUCCAUUUCAUAAGGAUGAAUGGAAAAGUACACAAUUUGAAGAAUUGUUAUUUUUCGAUGAACAGCAUCUUUUUUUUCCACCAUUGUCGAUCAGCUGUUGACUUGUCUACUGAUGCAUUUAAGAUGAUUUCAGCAAACUUUGACGAUGUAUUUUGUUUAUUUGUGUCAUCACGUUCCUGUAAGAAAUGUUUUUUGCUCGUGAGUGUAAUGUUUAAAGUUUCCAUCCAUGUCCAGCCUGCUGAGCUAUACAUGCUGCUGCUACUGUAGACCAGAUGACGUCAACAAAUAAAGUCUAGCCUUGUAUGCAAGACAGUGUU